AUGGGUGGGGCCCUGGGGCCGGCCCUGUUGCUCACCUCGCUCUUCGGUGCCUGGGCGGGGCCGGGGCCGGGGGGCGGGGAACAGGGCAUGACGGUGGCCGUGGUGUUUGGCAGCUCGGGGCCGCCCCAGGCCCAGGUCCGUGCCCGCCUCACCCCCCAGAGCUUCCUGGACCUGCCCCUGGAGAUCCAGCCACUCACAGUGGGGGUCAACAACACCAACCCCAGCAGCCUCCUCACCCAGAUCUGCGGCCUCCUGGGUGCUGCCCGCGUCCACGGCAUUGUCUUUGAGGACAACGUGGGCACCGAGGCGGUGGCCCAGAUCCUUGACUUCAUCUCCUCCCAGACCCAUGUGCCCAUCCUCAGCAUCAGCGGAGGCUCCGCUGUGGUCCUCUCCCCCAAGCUCAACCGGCACCGCCUCUGGGAGAUGGUGGGGCGCUGGGAGCAUGGCGUCCUAUACAUGAAGUACCCUGUGUGGCCUCGCUACAGUGCCUCUCUGCAGCCCGUGGUGGACAGUCGGCACCUGACGGUGGCCACGCUGGAAGAGAGGCCCUUUGUCAUCGUGGAGAGCCCCGACCCUGGCACAGGAGGCUGCGUCCCCAACACCGUGCCCUGCCGCAGGCAGAGCAACCACACCUUCAGCAGCGGGGACGUGGCCCCCUACACCAAGCUCUGUUGUAAGGGAUUCUGCAUCGACAUCCUCAAGAAGCUGGCCAGGGUGGUCAAAUUCUCCUACGACCUGUACCUUGUGACCAACGGCAAGCAUGGCAAGCGGGUGCGCGGCGUAUGGAACGGCAUGAUUGGGGAGGUGUACUACAAGCGGGCAGACAUGGCCAUCGGCUCCCUCACCAUCAAUGAGGAGCGCUCCGAGAUCGUAGACUUCUCUGUGCCCUUCGUGGAGACGGGCAUCAGUGUGAUGGUGGCUCGCAGCAAUGGCACCGUCUCCCCCUCGGCCUUCCUGGAGCCAUAUAGCCCUGCGGUAUGGGUGAUGAUGUUUGUCAUGUGCCUCACCGUGGUGGCCAUCACCGUCUUCAUGUUCGAGUACUUCAGCCCCGUCAGCUACAACCAGAACCUCACUAGAGGCAAGAAGUCCGGGGGCCCAUCUUUCACCAUUGGCAAGUCCGUGUGGCUGCUGUGGGCGCUGGUCUUCAACAACUCGGUGCCGAUCGAGAACCCGCGGGGCACCACCAGCAAGAUCAUGGUUCUGGUCUGGGCCUUCUUUGCUGUCAUCUUCCUCGCCAGCUACACGGCCAACCUGGCCGCCUUCAUGAUCCAGGAGCAAUACAUCGACACUGUGUCGGGCCUCAGUGACAAGAAGUUUCAGCGGCCUCAAGAUCAGUACCCACCUUUCCGCUUUGGCACGGUGCCCAACGGCAGCACAGAGCGGAACAUCCGCAGUAACUACCGUGACAUGCACACCCACAUGGUCAAGUUCAACCAGCGCUCGGUGGAGGACGCGCUCACCAGCCUCAAGAUGGGGAAGCUGGAUGCCUUCAUCUAUGAUGCUGCUGUCCUCAACUACAUGGCAGGCAAGGACGAGGGCUGCAAGCUGGUCACCAUUGGGUCUGGCAAGGUCUUUGCCACCACUGGCUACGGCAUCGCCAUGCAGAAGGACUCCCACUGGAAGCGGGCCAUAGACCUGGCACUCUUGCAGUUCCUGGGGGACGGAGAGACACAGAAACUGGAGACAGUGUGGCUCUCGGGGAUCUGCCAGAAUGAGAAGAACGAGGUGAUGAGCAGCAAGCUGGACAUCGACAACAUGGCAGGUGUCUUCUACAUGCUGCUGGUGGCCAUGGGGCUGGCCCUGCUGGUCUUCGCCUGGGAGCACCUGGUCUACUGGAAGCUGCGCCACUCGGUGCCCAACACAUCCCAGCUGGACUUCCUGCUGGCUUUCAGCAGGGGCAUCUACAGCUGCUUCAGCGGGGUGCAGAGCCUGGCCAGCCCACCGCAGCAGCCCAGCCCGGACCUCACAGCCUCCAAUGUGGAACUGAGCCUGCUGCUGGCUCUGAGGGCCGCUCCUGCUCCUGGGCCAGUGGCUUUCCAGGAGCGGGGCAGCAGCCCCUGUCCUCCCCACCACUCUGACUCUAGCCUCUGCCUGUUGCCGAGGCUGCUCCUGGCCCCAGGGUGA